AUGCCGGGCUGGGGCUCCGUCGCCGCCCUGCGGCGGCUUCUGGUGGAACACCCAUCAGUCGCCGCGUUCGAAUGGGAUGAGCGCCGCACCUGGGGAGCGUCCCCUCUCCUAAUCUUCGUCACCAUCUUCUCCUACCUCGCUCUGGUUCUGUUCCUCCGCCGCCUCCUCCCUCCUCGCCCCUCCCCCCACCCUCCUCUGCGCCUGAUUCUCCGCUUCAUCUCCCCUGUUCACAAUGCCGUCAUCCUCUUCCUCUCCCUCAGCAUGGCAAUCGGCUGCUCCCUCGCCGCCGCUUCUCAGAUGCCCUCCCCCACCUGGGUCUUCUGCUUCCCCCCCGGAGAAACUGCAGCAAAGGGCCCCGUCUUCUUCUAUGCCCACAUCUUCUACCUUUCCAAGAUCUACGAGCUCGUUGACACCCUUCUCAUCCUCCUCUCCUCCGACGGGCGGCGCCUCUCCUUCCUCCAUGUCUACCACCACGCCGUCGUUCUGAUCAUGUCCAGGCUGUGGAUCACUGCUAAGCAGUCGCUAAUGCCGGUGGCGCUCGUGACCAACGCGUCCGUUCACGUGGUGAUGUACGGGUACUACCUGUGCUCGAGCUUGGGAUGGCGAUGGCCGCCGCAGUGGAAGAGGGUGGUGACCAACUGCCAGAUCGUCCAGUUCUGCAUCAGCUUCGCUCUUUCUCUGGUCUUUCUAUGGCUCCACUUCUUCAGGGGGGGUUGCUCCGGGAUGGGUGCCUGGUUAUUCAACGCCGCCUUUAAUGGGUCCCUUCUCUUCCUCUUCCUCGACUUCCACAAGAGCAAUUACAGAUCCACCAAGAAGAGGGAUGCCAGAAAGAGGAAUUGA